AUCUCAUUGGUCGACGGACCAGUCUUGAGCACGCGCGUCGUUCCGACGCCGGGUAUCGAAAAGCCAUGAGGCUGCUGAUUUCCUGUUAGCGAGCCGGCACGCUCAGCGGAGGCAGUGAAGUUUACCAUUCUCCAAGACCAUCCUAUCAUUCCUGUUCCCCAGUCACAAUGCCGUCCGAUUUGGCCAAGAAGAAGGCAGCGAAGAAGAAGGAGGCAGCCAAGGCCCGUCAAAGGCCCAAAAAAGCAGAAGAAAUGAAUGGAGAAGGGGAGAAACCAGAGAGCCAAGAAAACGGUGUAUAUGAUGGAGUAGCGAGCCUUACCAAGGAACUGGAUGAGUUUGAGUUGGCAAAGACAGAAGCACGUGCUGUUACGGGGGUGCUGGCGUCUCAUCCAAACAGCACAGAUGUUCACAUCAGCAGUCUCUCUCUAACUUUCCAUGGGCAGGAGCUGCUCAGCGAUACCUCCCUGGAGCUCAACUCGGGUCGUCGCUACGGCCUUAUCGGCCUCAACGGAACCGGUAAAUCUAUGUUGCUGUCAGCUAUCGGUCACCGAGAGGUGCCAAUUCCAGAGCACAUUGACAUUUACCACUUGCAGCGUGAAAUGGCUCCUAGUGAGAAGACUGCCCUGCAGUGUGUGAUGGAGGUGGACGAGGAGAGGAUCAAGCUGGAGAGAGAGGCAGAGAGGCUUGCGCACGAGGACUCCUCGUGUGAGAAGUUGAUGGAGCUGUACGAACGACUGGAGGAGCUGGACGCAGACAAGGCAGAGAUGCGAGCGUCCCGCAUUCUUCAUGGCCUCGGCUUCACCAAGGCAAUGCAGCAGAAGAAGCUGAAAGACUUCAGUGGUGGCUGGAGGAUGCGUGUUGCUCUUGCCAGAGCCCUGUUCCUCAAACCCUUUAUGCUGCUCAUGGACGAACCUACCAACCACUUGGACUUGGAUGCGUGCGUGUGGCUGGAGGAAGAACUAAAGGAAUUCAAACGAAUUUUAGUUUUGAUCUCCCAUUCUCAAGAUUUCCUCAAUGGCGUGUGCACCAACAUCAUCCACCUGCACCAACGCAAACUGAAAUACUACACGGGUAAUUAUGACCAGUAUGUUAAAACCAGAGAAGAACUGGAGGAGAACCAGAUGAAACGCUUUAACUGGGAGCAGGACCAGAUUGCACAUAUGAAGAAUUACAUUGCACGGUUCGGUCACGGUUCAGCCAAGCUGGCCAGGCAGGCGCAGAGCAAAGAGAAAACGCUGCAGAAAAUGGUGGCCUCAGGGCUGACUGAACGUGUAGUGAAUGACAAGACGCUGUCGUUUUACUUUCCUUCCUGUGGGAAGAUCCCUCCUCCAGUCAUCAUGGUUCAGAACGUCGGCUUCAGAUACUCGGAUAGUACGCCAGUCAUUUAUAAAAAUCUAGAGUUUGGGAUUGACCUGGAUACCCGAGUGGCCCUUGUGGGGCCCAACGGAGCUGGCAAAUCCACACUACUGAAGUUGCUCACAGGGGAGCUUCUCCCCACCGACGGUAUGAUCAGAAAACACUCCCACGUCAAGAUCGGCAGAUAUCACCAGCAUCUGACAGAGCAGUUGGAUCUGGACUUGUCCCCUCUGGAGUACAUGAUGAAGUGUUACCCAGAGAUCAAAGAGAGAGAGGAGAUGAGAAAGAUCAUCGGACGCUAUGGACUCACUGGCAAGCAGCAGGUGAGUCCCAUCAGGAAUCUCUCGGAUGGUCAGAAAUGUCGCGUGUGCUUUGCUUGGUUGGCCUGGCAGCACCCACACAUGCUUUUCCUGGACGAGCCCACCAAUCACUUGGACAUUGAAACCAUCGACGCACUUGCUGAGGCCAUUAACGACUUUGAAGGGGGCAUGAUGCUGGUCAGCCACGAUUUCAGACUCAUUCAGCAGGUCGCUCAGGAGAUCUGGGUUUGUCAAAAUCAGACCAUCACCAAAUGGAGUCAGGACAUCUUGGCCUACAAAGAACAUCUGAAAUCUAAAAUCGAUAAAAAUGUGUAAAGCAUACCCUGCCUUGCCCAUCCAAGGACGUCAGCAUCUCUACUACUUCACAUCAUGGCAAAGCAUGCAUAGACAUCUACUGUUUUGCGUUUUUGUUGUCUAAAAUAAGAAUCUAAACAGGUGUGCACUUAAGCAAAUUUUCAGGACAUUUCACUUUGGUUUUUGUUUUUUGUCAAAUCCCCCCCCCCUCCCCACCCCGUUGUUUUUUUUAAACAAUGUGUCACCAGUGCAAAUGCUGAUGUCACUAUGUAUACAUGGGCUCUUAUUGAGCUUUUAUUUUUCAAGUAUUUAAGGCUAUAUCUGCAAUAAUGGAUGAGCAUAACUAAAUAAAAAAUACCUUUGUCAGUA